AUGUUCGCGCACGGCACGCGCGACUCCGACCCGACGGUGUCAUCAGUCUGCCAGGACGGUCAGGCACUGUGCAUGCGUGCCGUGCACCCCAGCUACCCGGCGCUCUUCUUUCCCGUCGACCUGAGCGCCUACAGCAAGCUGGCCCCAGCCGCCGAGCAGCAAUCGGUGGAUGCAGAGGACCGGCUGUCGUCGGUCGGCCAUGGGCACCCGCCGACCGACGGAGAGCCGUCUCCGGCGGGUAAGGCACACUCUCCGGCAGAUGGACGACCCUGCCCGUGGGGAGGGGGACCCUCUCCAGCCGGUGGAGGGCCCUGGUCGGCCGGCGCCGGCGGGCUUCCGGCCGACAGAGACGGCGCCACGCCGGCCGCUGACGGAAGCCCGGCCGUGGCGGCCGCCGCCGGCCCGAGCCGCGACGCUGAGGGUGGCAGCGAUGCGACGAGUCCGGCGCCGCCGGGCCCGCCGCCCGACAGCAAGCCGCCGGCAGCCAUGUCUCGCGCCGUCACCGUUGUCACUACCGUUACCAUCGCCUCCUCGAGCGGCGAGAGCUCGGGCUCAGAGAGCGGGGGCCGCCGCUCGGUCGAGCUGGCCGACGACCAGCGCUCGAUCGUGCUCGAGGCCAGCGACGACGAGCGCUCGUCGGGCGGCCGCCGCUCGCCGGACAAGGACGAGGACGAGGACGAGGUGGAGAUCCUGGAGACGAAGCGGCCCCGCCGCGGCGCCUCGCCGGCUGCCGGCGACGCCGAGCUGGCGCCCGACGUGGCUGACAUGCUGAAGGACUUUGUCAAUGAGGACCCGGAGGUGGAGUGAGCCGGGUGGCGGUCUCUGGCGUCGUGGCGCGCGGCGCGCUCGCUUCAGGCGCGACGGGUGUCGAGGCGCGGCGUGUCUGUGUGUGUCUAGACCUGGCUCUGCUGGCUGCGGGGCCGCAGCAGUGGAUGAGCCGUGAAUGUGUCACGGAGACACUGAGCGGCGACUGUUGUCCUUUUCGGGUGCCGCGGAUGGUUUUCGACUGGCUUUAGAAUGCGGCGUUCUCUCACCGCGAAGGCCACUGCUGCUUUGGAGGAGAAACCAUUCAGGGAGUCUUCAAAGGGUGCGCGCCGACCAUUUGAAGACGGGCAACUACCAAUGGCUCGUGUGCCAUGUAAAGGUGUCUGGAUAUAUGUAAAAAUGUUAAUAUAUCUUAGAUACGCU